UCUACUCUCUCUCUAUCUCUCGUUUUCCUUCCAUCAAAACGGCAACAGAAUUUACACGCACAAGACACACUAACAUCUCACACAUUCACCGCAGUUUGAGAUAAGUGUGACCUUCAUAUUUGAAACUCUCCGUUUUGAUGCUGCUUUCUCACUCAAUCACAGAGGUUUUCCAGUUCAACAGCUUUUCUCAUAAAUCAUUGAAGCACCUUCUGCGAAUUUCAAUCGAAGUGUUGGUCCUUCAUUGAACCUUUGCUUCACAAUACAAUAGGAAUCAGAUAUCCACACAUUAUUAUUUAAUCCUCUGCUGGGCAAGUAGUUGAAUCCGUCAGAACACAACCAAUGAAUGGUGAUGAGAAUAUCUCACUGGAUUUCAUGAUCAUACGUUUUUGCAAUGGGGUACUUGAGUGUGGAGAAGAAGUGGGUGUUCCCUCUUGUUAUAAGUUCAUUAGUAUGUGUUUUCCUUCUGGCAACCUCCUUUAAUAUGGGCCUUGUGUCCUCAUUGCACACAAUCAAUUCUAUUUUCUCAAUAUUCCCUUCUCGUCUCACAUCCAAUGGCUCUAGCUUUGUUGAGUCAAAAAUAAAUCAAGCUCCUCCACUUGUUCCUCCUCCUCUUCCAAAAUUUGCUUAUUUGAUUUCUGGAUCAAAAGGUGAUGUGGACAAACUUUGGAGGACUCUUCAUGCUUUGUAUCACCCAUGGAAUUAUUAUAUUGUUCAUCUAGAUCUCGAGUCACCCUUAGAUGAGAGAUGGGAACUAACAUCUCGGGUGGUGAACCACACACUUUUUACGAAGGUUGGGAAUGUUAUUGUAAAUAACAGAUCAAAUAUGGUCACUUAUAGGGGUCCCACAAUGGUUUCCAAUACCCUUCACGCAUGUGCCAUUCUUCUAAACAGAUUUAAAGAUUGGGAUUGGUUUAUAAAUCUCAGUGCUUCAGAUUAUCCUUUGGUGACUCAGGAUGAUCUCCUCGAUACAUUUGCUGAUUUGAAAAGAGAUCUCAAUUUUGUAGAACACACUAGCGACUUAGGCUGGAAAGCUGCUCAGAGGGCAAUGCCACUGAUUAUUGAUCCUGGACUUUAUCAGACAACCAAAUCUGACGUAUUCGCUGUUGGACCCAAAAGAAAUUUACCAACAGCAUUCAAAUUGUUCACUGGCUCAGCUUGGAUGAUCUUAUCACGUACAUUUGUCGAGUACUGCAUAUGGGGCUGGGAUAAUCUCCCAAGAACCCUGCUGAUGUAUUACUCAAACUUUGUUUCCUCCCCAGAAGGUUAUUUCCAAACCGUCAUCUGCAAUGCUCCGCAGUUUGUGCCGACUGUUGUCAACCACGACAUGCACUAUAUAUCGUGGGAUAACCCCCCACAACAGCAUCCUCACACACUCUCCGUCAAUGACACAGCAGACAUGAUUGCUAGCGAUGCUCCAUUUGCACGUAAAUUCAGAACGGAUGAUCCAGUUUUGGACCAGAUUGACCUUAAUUUACUCAGGAGGAAAAAGGGGGGCUUUACGCCUGGUGGCUGGUGUGCAGGAAAACCUCGCUGCUCGAGGGUGGGAAACCGGAGCAAGCUUAGGCCGAGUCCUGGUGCUCAAAGGCUGCAACGCCUCAUAGGUAAUAUAGUAUUUUCAGAAAAUUUUACUAAAGCUCAAUGUUUCUAGAAUCCUUCAUCCGCUGCCGCUUGAAGUGGAGGAAGACGGCGGGAGAAUAGACAAGAGGCGAGAUUAUACGUAGUAAAGCAUCCAAUAAUUAAUUAGAAUCAGUGCAUGUAUACAAAAAUAUUGCUUCUUUCAGCCAUGUAUUUGUAGGUCCUUCACAUAUAUAGUAUAAUGUUCUUAUCCAUAUUAUCAUUGACUGCUCCAUUUCAAUAUUAAUUAUAUUUUGGUUUCCUCUA